AUGGAGGUGGUGAUGAUUCUCGCCCAGUACUACGCCUUUGUUUAUACAAGGACGCCGGUUUCGAGGUUAUUUUCGUAUCGUGCGACGCCUGCUGUGGUCAAUCCUGCUGUGGUCAAUCCUGCUGGUGCUGAACAAGAAGAAGGAGAGCGAAGAGAAGAGGGAGAGAGACAGGAACGGGAAAGAGAAGAAGAAGAAGAGGUUGUUGUUGUUGAGCCGCAAGUGUCUCAAGUGCCUGAAGUGAUCGUCGUCGAGUCUCCAAGACAAGAAGAAUCAGAAGACAGAGAAGAAGACGACGAAGAAAAAGAAUCACAAGUGCAGCAACAGCAACAGCAACAGCAACAAGCCACUCAUCUUCCUCGCCUUCCUCCUCCUCCUCCGCAACAGCAACAACCACGACCACGAAAAUCAGAAACUGCAACACCUGAAUCUUCUUCUUCAUCAUCAUCACUAACUCUUCUUCACCAACCUCAGACAGACGAAGAAAAAUGCAUCGACACCAUCAUCAACAUCAUCAUCAUCAUCAGGAUCAUCACCACCAUCACCACCAUCACCACCACCACUCUCUGA